CUUAUGCCACCAAACUAACCCAAAGCAAAAGUCACCACAACAAGUCACUUUUUGCAUACCCUUUUAAAAUACCUCUACUUCCUACUUCUGGCACGCGUCCACUUACCCAUUCGGCCACGUCAUCUCUAUCUAGGAGUCCAGAGAUGUCAACCCCACCAGAAUUUUAACACGUUGUACACUCCCGUUAAAGGAAUUGUCAAAUGUAGAGAGAGAAAGAGAGAGAAAAAUAGAAAAUGAAAAACACAACCAACCAAAAAAAAAUAAAUGAAAAAGACUAACCUUUUUUCUUUUAAAAUCCCCACCUUAUUUGAGCCACUUGUAUAUAAGGAUGCAGCCAGCUAAUUACAACUCAAAACUAAACCCAAUAUUUUUCACAUCUCUCAUUCCUCAGCUUGCAGAAAAGAAAAAAGAAAUAAUGGACUCCUGGAUCAGAGGCAACUCUGUAGGCCACGGCUCUACAGCCACCGUCUCUCUUGCCACCUCUUUCCACUCCGCUGAAAUCUUCGCCGUCAAGUCCGCCGAGCUAUCCCUAUCGGAAUUCUUACAGAGAGAGCAAAAGAUUCUUUCUUCUGUUGCAUCUCCUCAUAUAGUUAGCUACAGAGGUUGUGAUAUUACUAGAGAAAACAACAAGGUGAUGUACAAUCUUUUCUUGGAGUACAUGUCUGGCGGCUCACUUGUUGACACUAUUCAGGCUCAUGGUGGCCGGUUAGGAGAAUCAAUGAUCGGAUACUACACGUGCCAGAUUGUUCAAGGUCUGGAUUAUUUACAUUCUAAUGGAUUGGUUCAUUGUGACAUCAAAAGUAGUAACAUUCUGAUAGGUGAUGCUGGUGCUAAGAUUGCUGAUUUUGGGUGUGCUAAGAGGGUAGUUGCCACAGUAGAUGUGGCGGAGACAAUUGGCGGCACACCUAUGUUUAUGGCGCCGGAGGUAGCGCGUGGGGCAGAGCAGGGGUUUGCAAGUGAUAUAUGGGCAUUAGGUUGCACAAUUAUAGAAAUGGCUACUGGCUGUGCACCUUGGCCAAAUGCUAAUGACCCAGUUUCAGUUAUGUAUCGGAUUGGGUUUAUGGAUCAGUUGCCAGAGUUCCCCUGUUGUUUAUCAGAGCAAGCAAAGGAUUUCCUGGAGAAAUGCUUGAGAAGAGACCCAAAACAGAGAUGGACAGCUAAUCAGCUUCUGAAGCACCCAUUUCUUGAGAAAUUCAUUUCUCAUGGAAAGCAAAUUCAAGAGCCCAAUAAUUCAGGUAGUUCAUAUUCUCCUACAAGCAUUCUCGACCAACACAUUUGGAAUUCAGUGGACGAUGAAUCAGAGAAUUUGGACAACCUAGCCCAUUCAUGUCAUCAUGAUCAUGAAAGCUCACCAUCAGCAAGUGAAAGGAUCAGACGGCUGUGUUUGGUUUCAGAGGGGCCCAGUUGGGAACUGGAUGAGAAUUGGAUUCCAGUUAGAGGCAAUUGCAGUGAAGAAGGUGAUACAAUUAUGGACGGAAUUGAAGUUAAAAAUGAAGUGGCUAGUUAUGGUUCAGUGUACCAAGAAAAUUAUUGUGGUGGUGGUGAGCAAUGGAUGGACGGUGUCUUAACAGAUAAAAAUAUUAUUAGCAGUAGGAUUAGUGGGGAUAUUUUAGGUGAUUGUAAAUAUGGGAAAGAUAGUUUUUUAGUUUGCAGCAAUCUUAGGCUUGACAGAGACAGAAAUGUAUUGUUAAUUCCUUAUAUCUCAAUAUUACUUUCACAGGCAUAAAAUUCA